AUGUCUUGGGUGAAUCGAAAGCGUGAAUUGAAGAAGAAAAUGAUGGAAGAGGCUGAAGAAGAUCCAAUUCUGAUGCUUUCAGGAGGGAAAAUUAAUUCUUCUCACACCACUUUCAAUUCGUACAAUGAAGAGAGUAAUACUGCAGUACCGAUGAUGAAGAAUGAUCGUUCUUCCGAAGCUCCGAAAUCAACUCUUCAUUCAUCAAGUCAGAGUUUAUCUGAAAAGCCUUCUUCAAACGACAAGAUUAUUCAUAACAAGAGCAAUAGUAAUAUAGACUCAUUGGAUUCAUUCUUGAAUAAUGUUUCCUCGGUUAGCAAUAAGAAUCCGAAUCAUUCCAUGACAUCCAAUUCAAUGUUUGAUAAUAAGCCACCACAAUCUGGUCAGCCUAAUUUACCACAGACAAAACAAUUACCAAAUGUACCACAAUCAAAGACUGGGUCACAACAUUCAACAACCACAGUCAAACCUCUACCAAAAGUUUCAAAUCCUCCUUCAUCGGUUACCUCAAAAGUGACAAACGAAACAACUGAACAAAAUGUGAAAAAAUCUGAUCCUGUACAAUCACCCUCACAAAAACAAGAAAUGACUUUGGAAAUGUUUGAAUCUUUGAAAAAGCAAAUAAUUGAACUCGAGUUGGAAAAUCAAAAGCUUAAACGAGAAUUACAAGAAUCGCAAGGAGGAUCACUACAUGACAUGGUGGAAGAAAUACCAUCUAAUCAAUCAACACACGACUCUGGCUUUGAUGAUUAUUUUAGUGAUAAGAAAGUUAUUGUUUUAACACUUUCUGAUGAAAUUAGAGAAGGUCUGCGAUGCAAUGAAUUGAACAAGGUUCAUAUUGUAAAAACAAAAACAACCUCUAAAAAGAAACCUCCUGUGUAUGGCACUGAGGAGGAAGACGAAGAAUCUGAAAUUAUCAACCAAAGUAGCAAAACUGAGGACGGAUAUGAAUAUAAAUAUAGCAAAACUAAUUAUUAUGUGGAACAAAACAAGGAAUUAGACGCAUGGUGUAAUUUGAGGAGAUUACGAGACUCCAAACACAAAAUAUCAUUACUCAAAAGUUGUGGGAAAAAUUAUGACAUUGUCUUGCCCAUUCUGUUAUCUAUAGAACAAUCCUUGAAUUUUAGAUCAUUCAUGGACGUACUUGUAGAGUCAGAUAGGCAAGAAGGAUAUUAUGUAUGGCUCUACAUUAAAUUUUUAAAAAAGCUUGGUGACACAUCCACUCUGCUGAAAGUAUACAAAUUUCAUGGAAUGAUUCGAGAACAAGCGUUACUGCAAUACCAAUUAGCUAUUCAGAAACAUGAUCCCUAUGAGAGAAUUGAGGAUUUAGAACAUUGUCUGUCAUUCAUUCAGAAAAAUGCACAAGUAAUUGAUAAUCCAACUGGAUUUUUGUCACACAAAUAUUCUCUUGAUUGUGCCGAAGAAUUAAGUAUUGCAGUGGCUAAUCUUAUUCAUCUCAUCACCAAACAAAUCAAAAUUGACGAACAAGAUAAUAUAAUCGCCAAAUCCGGCAAGAAUUCUCUAUUUAUUCAAUUCAAGAAAUAUCCAAUUUACAACACGACCCUCUCAGAAACCUUAAAAUAUUGCCUAUUUUACCAUAAUGCAGUCUCUGACGAUCAAGUAACCUCUCCAAAAUCACUUGCAAAAUUCUUUAACUUGUCACAACACCGAUUUCUAUAUGAAGCGGUCGUUGCAAGAAGUCGUAUUGGAGAUUGGAAAGGAGUCAUGAAUAUUUUCGGAAAAGCUAAAAAAGAUGGUCUCUGUUACUGCUCAGCUUUUGACUUGAAAAUUCACAAAGAAAAUAGCUCUUUCAUGAAAUUAAUCUCUGGUAAGCCCAACAGAUCUGAAUCCAACUCAAUUCUCAACAUUCACAACAUUCUUCAGGUUUUGAAAAUAUUUAAGGCGCCACGUCCAAUGAUUCGAGAUUUACUCGAGUCGUACGCAUUCCAGAAAACGGAAAUCGAGUUGAAGUUUGAAAUUGCAAAAGAGUACAGAAUUUAUGACGUUGCAAUUCGAUGUAUUGUGGACGACUUGAAAGAUAGAGAUUUAUUGGUCAAACUAAAAGAAGACCUUAACAAACGAUAUCAUGAUGCGGACAAGUCAGCACUUCAAGAUGAAAUUAACAGCCACUUGUACAACAAGAAAAUCAAAUGGAAGAAGGCAACCAUUAAUGUAUAA